AUGUCAAAAAAGAAAUUUACUGAAUACCAGUUUAUUGAUGUCAAUGAUCCUGAAAGAUUUAAAAAAAUUAAAGUUAUCAGAGCUUGUGAUUUUUGCAGAAAACGCAAAUCAAAAUGCGAUUUAGCUGUGCCUGGUGCAGGCAUGUGCUCAAACUGUAAAAAGGCAAAUAUCAAUUGCGUAUUCUCUCCUUCAGAUAUAAGAUCAAAAAGACAAUUAUUUACACAAGAUCCUCUCCAACGAUUCUAUCAGCACUACCUUAAACAACGUCCUAAUCUUGCUGUCGAUAAAAAGGGCCAAUGCACUUUUGAGAAGAGCGUUAGUAGCGUCUAUUCUCAUGUUACCAUGACAACGAGUGAAGAUCAUAUUUCUACUCAAAUGGAAAGUGAGCUAUUUGACGCUUACUUUGCCUUUGUUCAUCCAUUUUACCCAGUUCUUGACAGGUAUGAGACGAUGCAAGCCAUUAAGCGCCAACCGUCUAACCUACCACCUGCUUUGAAAUCCACCAUCUUAGCUCUUGCUCUUCGCUUUUAUUUGCCAUCAAGUACACAUGCUGUCGCAGGAUCCUACUAUCAGCACGCUAUUACUCAAUUUGAUCAUGCAGUCUGUCUUUCAAAUAUUCAAACUUUGUUGCUCAUGUACAAAUAUCAGGAAGUUGUUACACCUGUUGGAACUCCGCUUUCGAUGUCUGCCAUUAGUCAUUUGAAAACAGCUAAACUCAUGAUGGAUCAGCUCGUGGCAGAUAUCACAGUACCUUGGACAUUUGAAAACGAGCUCAUCUGUCGAGCAUCCUGGGUUUGGUAUAUCAAUGUUGCCUUUUCGAAUCUCGCUGAUACCCGUUUCAAGGACAUGCUUCAGUUUGCGAUCCCUCCUACCCGCUUGCCCUCUCUUACUGAAACAGAACAGUACGACAAGACAAGCUUGAACAUUAUCUGUAACUUUUUGCAUCUUAUCAGCCUAGCCAUCAUCUAUGCUCAAACCAUUUGCUUCAUAUCGAGUCACUCCUCGCUCUUUUACAAUGCAGACUGCCCAGAGAUUGCCGCAUUUGCGAACCAAUUGGAAGCGUGGCAUAAGGCCCUACCGAACCAUCUUUUCAUCUCUCUCUCAGUCAAUCCUGUUCCUCUCUAUACCACACAUGAUUCAAACAACGCAAUGAUCAAUGAUCAGUCCAAAACGGAGGCUUUUGCUGCUUACCUCGGUCUCAUCCGUGACAGUCUCGAGCUUCUGAUCGCUGUUCACACCCGCCCGUUUACUGCGUCCAAAGUCGCUCUUAAUCUGGCCUCAAGAGCAUACAGUCUGACUCUCGGUGACGUUCAUCCCGCCAAUUACUCUCGUCUAGCUGCAAUACAAGGAAGUCGUUUAAUUGUCUACGGCUUGACGCUUGCUCUUCAAGUCCUACAAUACGAUACACAAGAAACAACCAGGAUAGGGCCUAUCGAGAGCAUGGCCAUCGAUAUCUUCAACACCAUCUCGGUAUCUUCCAAACUAACAGUUGGCAUUCAGUCGCUCAAGGAAGAAGAAAUAGCUCGAAAGUCUCUGAGAGAUGACGACUAUGCUAUCUCUGAUGACACACUCUAUUGCGAUACAGGCUUUCCGUUACCAACACAGCUUCCUCCUCUACAUAGCAAACCCUUCUAUCCCACAAGCACUCCUUCCUUUGAAAGAUCAUUGUCUUCGUCAUCAUCAUCGGGUAUUAGCCCGGUUCAGGAGCAUCACCACUCAUGGACAAGCUAUCAAUGGGAAAAUGGUAAUUACAAUGUAGACCAACAAGACCAUUUCCAACACGAUUCCAAAACCAUGCUUUCUCAAGGGACGGGCGCACCUCUCACGCCUAGAGAGGAAUUCAUAACACCAACCGUGGUAGAUGACUACCUUCAGCCAAGACAAAAGGACACGAGCAUUCUGGUAGCUCCUAUGCCUUUUGAUAUAAUCAAUCCUUCUUUCGAAUUGUUCCCUCUAAAGAGCUGUAGACAUCAGCAGAAAUACAUCUAG